ACCGAUCAGGCAAACCAGUUUCAUCCAAUCGCACUGCGUUCACCGCACCACAAGUUAUCCCCAUUCGUCGCACUUAUUCGCACGUCGUCGCACCCUCCAACCUUUUCCACUGCACAUCCACCUGUCGAACGUCUGCCUGUCGCACAGGCACUCGGACCGAGUUGGUCGCACGCCAUGGUCGCAGGUGACGACUCUGCGACGCUGUUCGGCGUGUCGCGCCCGCUGCUCACCUUCCUCGCGUGCCUCCUCUCCUCCAUCCCCGCCGCUGCUCUCGUGCCGCUCCUCCCAACGCCCUCCGCCCGCCACGCCUACAAUGUCGCCGUCGGCGCUGCCACGUGUUGGUUUGCCUAUGGCGGAAUGAGAGCGAGCGUGGCCAUAUGGGGCCUGACCCUCGCGUCCUACGCUGCCAUGUGCGCGCUGCCUCGCUGGCUGAGCGGGCACCUCGUCUUCCUCGCCACCUUCUCCUUCCUCAUCCUCUCGCACGUGACGAGCCUGGAUGCGAGUGCGUGGAGGAGGGGCGACAUUGACUUCACCGGCACGCUCAUGAUCGUCACGCUCAAGCUCGUGUCGGCCGCCAUGGACUACCACGACGGUGCAAAUCCGCGCACCAGCAGCACUUCCCCCACCCCCCUGCCCCGCCUGCCUGCACUGCUGCCCUUCCUGGGCUUCGUCUUCUUCCCAGCCGCCCUCCUUGUGGGGCCGCCCUUCCCCUACGCCGCAUACGACGACUACAUUGAAGGCCGAGGGCUCUGGGCUUCCCUCUACCCACAGCAGCACCUACCACCACCCGGAUCUCCGCCCUUCCCUCCUCGCCUGCUGCACGCCCUUAAAGCCCUCGUCAAGGCGCUGCUCUGCCUCGCCGCCUACCACACCCUCUCGCAGCUGCUCCCGCCCUCAGCGCUCCUGCAGCCUGCCUUCUUCUCCCGCUCCUUCCCAGCCAGGUAUCUCCACGUGGCGCUGACCCUCUUUGCCUACCGGUGGAUGUUCUACUUCAUCUGGGCCGUGGCUGAGGCCGCCCUCAUCCUCUCCGCCUUCGGCUUCUCGGGCUUCAAGGCAACGAAGAACAGUCAAGGAAAGACAGAUGGGGAGAGGAGGGAUGGGGGGAGGAGCAAUGGGCAGGAGGGAGAAGGCGGGCAGAAGCAACAGCAGUUGGAAGCAGACUGGAGCAUGGCGUGCAACGCGCACAUGUGGGUGGUGGAGGUGACGGGCAGUGCGGCGCAGCUGGCCACCAACUGGAACAUCGGCGUCAGCAGAUGGCUCCGCACAUAUGUGUAUGACCGCAUGACCCCCCCAUCAGGAAAGGCCUCCCUCACAACGCUUCUCAUAACACAGGCUGUCAGCGCGCUGUGGCAUGGUCUCCAUCCGGGCUAUUACCUCUUCUUCCUCUCAGCAGCCAUCGCUCAAGACGCCUCCAAAUUGCUGCACCGCCUCUACCAGUCCAUCCCCCCUCACAGGCACUGGCAGCGCCGCCUGGCGUGGCUGGCUCAGGUGCUUUACACGCGGGUGCUCGUGGGGUAUGCACCGCUGGGCUUCAUUCUGCUCCGAGCGGACCUCACCUUCAGAGUGUGGCGCUCCCUGUAUUUCGUUGGCUCGGUCUUGCCUCUCGUUCUCUCUGCCUUACUUCCUCCACUCAUUCCUCCACCAAAACGGCAAAAGAAAGACUCAUGAAGAAGCCGCUCGCCCUCAAAGAGCAGGAGGAUUGCGGUCAUCGUGGGAUUGCCUCUCCUCAUCUACCAACAUGUUUACAGUAUUCCCCCGGAUAAUGGACCUGCCGGUAAGAAAGUCCAUGGGUCCUUUACCCUGGGGUGGGAUCAUUUAUUUUGGCAGACCUCGUGAGGACCCGCUUUUUGGCAUUUAACAUUUCAAGACCCCCCAGCUUUGUUUUCGUGUUGGUUUUUCCACUGUAAGUUUUACUGAAAUGAAGCGGUACAUGAAAUCAGGGAUGGCAGAUUCACUAUAACUGGGCCUUCGUUCUUGCAGCAGGGGUGAUGGGAUGGCAGUCAAAAUGCCAUCGCGUCACGUCAGCACGCAAAAAUUUGCAGCCAUCACUGCUGGAAAUUUGACGCGUGUCAUUCAGGUGGCACGGAAAGGUGACGAUAAG